UUUUAAACAUGGCGGCCUCAAGUAAGUUUUUAAAAAAAUACAGUAUUGCUGUAAUUUUAUUUAGUUUUUAGUAUUUACAACCUUGUAAAUUAUAAUUUAUGCAUGCGUUUCCUGACUCUAACUCUGCUCAUAAUUGAUUGUUUGUUUGUCAGUUUACAGAAUAUGUGUCAGUAAAUAAUGUAGUGCAAGCAUAUAAUUGGAGAAAAUUUCCUUGAGUUUAUUGAUCUGGCCCCAGUUGUUCAAAAGUUGGAUAGCGCUUUCCACCCGAUAAAUGACUAUCCAGCGGAUAAGUAUUAGGGAAACCAAUUACGCUAUCCGCUGGAUAGUGAUUUAUCCGGUGGAUAGCGCUAUCCAACGUUUGAACAACUGGGGCCAGGUUAAUUAAAGUGUAGAUCCAUUCUUCGAUCAUCGAGGCUAUAUAUAUUCCCUAUACACCCCCCUACCCCCUUUGACGAAAUUUUACGAAGGGGUAUGCAACAAAAAUGGAAUUUUUGAAGGUUGUAGGACUGCGCAUGCUGAGAGUCAGGAAAAAUUUCCAAAUACUUUUCUCACGGGGGGAGGGUGGUGAUCCUGACAGUUGUCUCUUGAACUUAAUGUUAUUAGUAAAACUUCUGUUUUUGCCUCAAAUGCAGAAAAGAUAUUUGUUAUUUUUAAUAUAUAACUUUGAUUUCUAACAUUACAGCCUUUCGUAUUGCACUUAUCCAGCUCGCUGUUUCUUCAAACAAGUCUCAGAACGUGUUGCGUGCAAAGGAGAAAAUCAAAGAAGCAGUGUCUAAUGGAGCAAAAGUUGUAGCAUUGCCGGUGAGGAUUUCCUUUGACAAUGUUCAGCUCAUUUGCUUGCAUUCUGAGGCAUGUUACCCUAUUAUUUAACUAUGCAGGCACCUUCACAAGACCGAACAAGAAGAGACAAUGUGCUCACAUGGUGGGUGGCUCCUCCUAAAAUGUUCUGCAAUAAUAUUGGUAUAGGAUUUAAUGGGGCCGAAACCAAUUGUGGAAUUGCACACAUUUUAGGCAUCCUACUGAUGAACAGUUGCGACACAUAGAUAUAUAUAUUUUUAGCAACUAAUAUAAUUUGCAGUCUGUCUACUUUGAAUUGUGUAGGAGACCACCUCACUUGGUCCCCACCCCCUACUUAAAUCAUCCCCUCCCAGUCAACCCCCCUUCCUAUCCUCCCUGUUGGAAAUUUGUGACCCAGUGCCAGACAAAAACGUUAAAAAUAUGACUCCUGUUGCUGUUGCUGGCUGUGUGUUAAAACAACAAGAGGACCAUAGUUUUGCACCUAAGCUUGAUCUAGACAAAUCGGGGAUUAUGUAGGCUGCAAAUGCAGUUUUAUUUCCAGUUAUUGCUUCUGGGUGGAGAGAAAUACAUCUGUAUUCACAGGCUAGGGAUUAUGGGGAAAAGGUCAACCCCAUUUCAGUGUCAAAGUUGUUAAUUUCCGCCUCAAAACAACUUUCAGGAAUGUUUUAAUUCCCCAUAUGGCACGCAGUACUUUGCAGACUAUGCCGAAGAAAUACCUGGGGAAUCUACAAAUAUGCUGUCAUCUGUUGCUAAGGAGACACAGUGCUAUGUUAUAGGAGGAUCUAUUCCUGAGAGAGAUUCUGGGAAGCUCUAUAACACCUCUACUUCAUUUGGUCCUGAUGGAGCAAUGCUUGCUAAACAUAGAAAAGUAGGUAUCAUAUGAGACUUGUUCUUGUGGUACAUUUAUCUCUAAACCAAAUGUGAUCAGUGGCACCCUGAACUUCACAGGCCAUGCAGUCCAAAUCCUUUGCAAUAGGACUGGCUGGAUAAUCACAGAAAUAGGCUGCAAAGGCCUAAAAAUUGUUAUUUAUAAUUAAUGAUUUUUUAUAAUUAUUUGUUUGGUAUUACUAAACCUAAGAGUUGAUUAGGUGGCAAAAGUGGCCAGCUACUGGCUUAUUUUGACUGGGCUGACUUCAAUAAAUUGUUUGACAGUAUCUGUACUUAGUUAAUACCUCUUAGGGGUAUCAGUUAAGGGACCUUAACAUCUAACGAUGGCGACGGCAAUGAGAAUGUGAAAAAAGCAAGAGGUUUAAAAACCAAAACAACAAUUUUGCACAUGCAUGUAGCUUUUUUGUACAUUUCACUGUACACAAACGAUGACAAAAUUUCCUCUCUCUUUCUGAACUUGGAUAUGGUUCUUACGAAAUUUAACUUUAGAAGGGUUCACCUACAUUUGACAAAGUUAGUGACAUGGUGUAAUUGCAAUGAAGAUUGAAAGAAAGAAAACUCACCUUUUCAUCAACAUUUUCGUUUCCAUCACCAUCCUCAGAUCUUAAGGUACCGACUGAUUUAAACCAAGACUCUAGUAUUUAACAAUAGACAGCCGCAGUUUCCUCAUACAGAACAAAAUUACCUGAAGGACCGUUUUUCAGAAGAAACAAUAAUAUUUUAAAUACUCCCAAAAGGAGUCAAACCUAUGACCUCCAGUUAAUAAUUUUUAGUAACAAACAGAAUGAUUUUAGUAGAAGGUCAUUGUUAGGAAUGAGAUGACAUGACAAACUGAGAUGUAAUUCUGUUUCAUAGGUACAUCUGUUUGAUAUCGAUGUCCCAGGAAAAAUACGCUUUCAAGAAUCAGAAGUUCUGUCUCCUGGCAGUCAAUUGACAAUGAUAGACACUUGUAAAUGAACAAUUUUCUUUAACUUUUAUUAUGCUCUUUGAAUUUAUUAUGUUUAAAGUGUAUAUCUUUCUACUCUUUAUUUUGCCAUGAAUUGCUGAAUUCUUUUCAUUUUCAAUAGCUCUGUGUAAAAUUGGAAUUGGAAUUUGCUAUGACAUGAGGUUUCCUGAAAUGGCCCAAGUUUAUACCCAGCAAGGUAAUUCCUCAUCUCAAGUCCCCCUCAGUUGUAAUAAUAUGUAUAUAAACACUGGUUAAUUUGCACCUCAACAGGGCAAUUUUUCCUUUGAAAAAUCGUUAUUCCAUAAGUGUUUGUCAUUUGUCUUGCUCAGCCAGUCGUUACAGUGAAACAAGGGAACACUUGAAAUAUUUCAGGAAUGUUUCUUGUGUUAUGACCAAUCACAGUAAAGAUCUGGACAGGCAAACUAGCCACAAAACCACAAACUAAUUAAUGUUCUUUCUUGCAAUUUAUUUUCUCACCCCUGAUUGGCUUUUUUCUUGCAACACAAUGAUAUUCCAGAUAUAUUUCUGGUGUUGACAUUUUCCCGGUUUGACUGUAGAAAGAUCAAAACAUGGACUGGCCGUAUCUCUAAAGAAAACCCUAAGAUGGGAAAAAGUAUUCAUGAGUUGUCUAAUCAGCAGCCAGUUUUUGCUGUCCAGUGAAGUUGUGGAAAAUUACUGUGCAGUACUCUUUGUUCCGCUGGGAAUGAAUUCUUUGUUUGCUAUUAACCAACCAAAAGCCACAUGGAUUUCUGUAUGUUUAUUAUGAAACCAUUCAAAUAAUUGUUAUGUAGAAUUAUUCUUGUUUGCUUGCUAUUUUAGUUUUGUUUGUGUAUAGUCAUUUCAAGGUCAAACAAAAAUGAUUAUAUUAUUGUUUCAGUGUGCAAACUCAUUUUAGUGAAUUGAAAAUGUUAAUAACAUACUUCAUACAUGGCGCCUCAUCUUGCAUUUAUACAAAUCAAAUUUUGUUUCACUCAGGGUUUGAGCAUCAUUUAAUGCAAAUUUUAUAUGUGAGCAACUCACCAUCUUUAAAAAGUGCCCCCCCAACUGGCAUUAGUACACCCAACACCGCCCCCCCCCCCCUUCCACUCUAGUACUCUUAAUGUAUAAUGACACUUCAGAGUACUCCUUUGAGGGUUUGCAGUAAUAGUAUUUGUUAUAGCAGGUUGUAAGCUGCUAUUAUACCCUGGAGCUUUUAACAUGACAACAGGACCAGCUCAUUGGGAGCCUCUCAUUAGAUCAAGGUAACAUUACAGUUGCACCCCUGUAGUACAGACACCAAAGGGAGGAGCACAAAGGCAUUUUUCACCAUCGUAGAUUUGGUUGCUUAACCUCCCUUACAAUUGCUUUACCAUAAUACCAUAAUUUGCUGUAGCUUCAGUGUCAUCCUUCACUUGCCAUCUGGCUUUGAAUACUUGUGUCUAGCUUAACUGGAUUCAGUUUAAUUAUUAUUUUACUUAUUCAUUGUUUGCCUUUUAAUUUUUUUUUCUCUUUUAGAGCUUUGGACAAUCAGGUAUGCAAAAAAGGAGAUCAUAAUUAUAUUACAGUAACCAGUUCAUCAACUCCAGUGUGCAAAGAAAGUCAUGUCCGAUAGCCCGUGGCUAGUGGAUUUUGCCAUUGGGCUAGUGAUUUUUGUUAAUAACUUGUCUGAUGGGCAAGUGCUGUUUUUUGAGGAAAUUCAAAUUACAGAAGGAUUGUAAUCAAUCCUGCUAAUCAAAAAGGGUUUUGGGGCUUGUUGAAAUGACUUGUGGGCUAGUACAUGCUAGCUCCAGCUUGCCCUAAUGUCAGGCUGUAAAACUGACUUUCUUUGGUCCUGAACUUAUUUUCCUCCUUGAUUUUUUGGUUUCUCUUUCAGUUGUAUGUGGCAGCAGUAUCUCCUGCCAGAGAUGAGGAAGCAACUUACGUCGCUUGGGGUCACAGCACUGUCAUCAGUCCAUGGUAACAAACAACUUUCUGUUUGUCUUGUAAUGCCCUAUAUAUAGUGGAGCUCACGCGUGCGCCAGCGGAGCACCAUGGAUAAGUAAAUCUACCCAUCCCAGAAAAUUUGGUAAUCACGUGACCGUACACCGAGCGAGUGAGCGUCCAUCCUCACCACCGGCAUACCAAUACAAAAUAACUCAAUCAACAGGUAUGACAACCCAAAUGCAACUCGAGGGUAUUUUGGCGGGAAAUUGCAUAACCACCCGUGUCACAACUAAGAAGUCAAUAAGGACUAAAACGGAGAGCGGAAAUCAGGGCCAUUUAUAUGAGGAAAAAUAAGACGCGAACUUUCCGUAUAAACGGCACAUUUCGUCUAAAUUAAGACGCGACUUAGCUAAGACGCGUCUUAUUUUAGAACAGUCCUUAACACCUGUUCUUAGAUAAGACGCGUCUUAGCUAAGACGAAAAAACCUUCGUAUAAACUGUAUAAAUGACCUUUGUGUCUUAAGACGCGAACUCAUAGUACGCAUGCGUUAAGUUUUGGUGGGAAAAUUGUCGCUUGCCCCGCGGUGGAUUGGCAGGCCACCGGCGGGGAAAAAUUGUUUACAAAUUACAACGCGUUUUCGUUUCCUUGUCUAUUUUGCUUUAUUUUUUUCUUCGCUCAAAUACAAUGAGCACACCGUUAAAAGUAAAAAGAAACACUUGGUCCAUCGCGGAGGAAAAAGAUUUUUUGUUAUUAUGUAAGGAGAAGGCAAUGACAGACCUCCUGGACAAAUGCGUGACAUCUGCUGGUGUAAGUAGACCCUUUUAACUUUAAACUAUCACAAUUCAUAUGUACUAAUCAAAUUGCUAUCUUUGUAUUACAAACUUACACUUUAAAAGUAAGUUUAAGUAUACAGAAGACUUAGAUAAGACGUGCUCGCAUAAAUGGUCCAGUUCGCGUCUUAUUUAAGACGCGUCUUAUUUUUCCUCGUAUAAAUGGCCCUAUUGUUUCUGUAUCACUGUUGUCUAAAAUAUUAAGCUUAGAUUAAUUGUCAUGCCCACAAAUUUGGAAUAUAGAGCAAGAGAAAGACAGAGAAAGAGAGAAAGUAGGUGGCAGGCCAGCGAAGCUCAACGAGUGAAAGGAAGACAGAGAUCUAGAGCAAGAGAUAAAAAACAAAGGAAACAUUUCUUUUUGUUGGAAGAACAACAUGAAAAUUUUGUAGCGGUGGUGACAAACGCUUGCGGCCACCAAUGCAAGGUGAAAAUGAGCGGCAUUGAAAAAGUGAACGAGAAAACGUACGACGUUCUCUCCAAAAAUUGUGUAACUGAGAAGUUUCUGGAAGUUUCACGUCGUAGUCGUGCAAAACAACGGCAAAGAAAUGUACAAAAAAAAGUGUGCUGCACGUGCAAAGUUGCUUUUUUGCUAAUUAGGCCUAUUGUUGUUUUUUCGUCGUUCUCGUGUCCUUCGCCGCUCAGCAUUACACGAUUUUAUAUUUUGUUUGAACAAACUUUAAAUGUUAUCGAAAGCUUCGCUUUUAGCCCUGGCUAACUCUAUAUAUUAUGGAGAAACGUUAUCCUGCGUAUAAAGGUUACUUGCCUGCCCAAGCCACCCUGGGUGAGCCAACUUUUCUUAUAUUUCCUCUCAAAGCAAGGGAAAUCGUUUACAGGAUAGAGAAACAAAUUAAAACGUGUAGGCUGGUGGGCUAGAAGGUUGAUCAGCAUAGCCAGGUCCAGGGGCGUAGCCAGGAUUUUUCAAAGGGGGAGUCACAGAGGCUACUCACCAGAUUGUCAUGUCGUAUUAUCGCGGCAUGAAGGCCCAUAUUAACUAAAGACAGGAGCCGUUGACGAAAAUACUUUACAAAAAAACAAAUUUAAAAAAAGUGGGCUUCUCAACAAUGGCUUUUACGGCCAAGAUAUUGUCAUGGCGUUUUCGUUUGCUCAAAAGAAGGCCUACCAAGGGGGGGUCACGGGCACCCCAGGACCCCCCCCAGCUACGCCCCUGAGGUCACGUGAAAAUGGUGUUAGAAGCCGAUGACAUGAUCAUUUCCUCUGGGGGGGGGGGGUGGAAGGAAUGGCCAAAUACGACACUAGGCCGUGGUUGUUCAAACGUUGGAUAGCGCUCUCCACCGAGGCCAGAACAUUUAUCUUUUCAUGCCGUCCAGCUUUUUAUCUAGGGUACUUUGGUGUUGCAUCAAUUUUUAUCGCCUUUGAUGCUGAAGAAUCACACGGCAAUCAGAAGUAAAAACAACUGACUUGGUUGCCGCUAUGGUUGCCGGUAUUUUCCCGCGCUUGGUGUCGGCUACACGCGUUUUCUUCGUGUUCUGAUUGGUUUUUAGUUCACUCCUUUUACUGUGAUUGGCUAGACUUACGUUUCCUUGUGUGAGACUCUACUCAUUUUCUGUUGUUUGUUUGUUUGUUUUAGGGGUGAUGUGGUAGCUAAAGCAGACCACACUGAACAAAUACUGUAUUCAGAAAUAGGUGAGUCAAUAAUAGUCAGGCUAUAUUGCACAUUUUGCCUUCAUUACUAUGGUCCGUAAGUCUGUAGACUACUGAAAAUUGUUGCCUGUUUGUUAUAUGUACGUAACAGCUGUUUUAAACAACAAGGAUGGUUAUUCACUAACGACUUUAUCCACUCUGAAGACUGUUCACGAACUAAAAAAACUACCUGUGCACUGAGAACUAAUUUUUGCACUAAUGUCAUUGUGCACUAAGAGAUGCGAUUGUGCACUGAAAAAUAUACAGUAUGUGCUGAACAUGAAAAGCGUAAUUCUACACUGCACCUAGUAACAAAGCCUCCGAGUCAAUUGCAAUGCAACAUUUUGCUAAACAUGUGACUACUAAUUAAGUACACUCCUUUCCGCACGCGUCUUUCGCAUGGAAACAUUACUUUAAACCCGGUUAUGCAUUAUUUUUCUUUGUAGAUCUAAAUUAUUUGGAACAAAUUCGCGCCCAAGUUCCUGUUCAGAAACAAAAGAGGAAUGAUUUAUACAAGCUGCAAGUAGUGUCUUAAAAUUUAUGUCUCUGAAUCACGGACUAGUAAUACGUUUAACGUAUUUCGUCGAAAGAGCAUGAGCGGAAAUGUUGAUGUCUAGAUAUAAAAUGUUCCAUGUCCCUUUCAAUCAGAUUCACUACAUUUUAGCUAUUUUAAAUCUUUCUUUGAUUAAAAUGAAUUAAAAUUAAUUUAAAUUAGAUACAUAUUAAAAAAUCCUAAAAGGUUGCGCGGUUGAAAGAGAAACGUUAUUCCACGACGAAAAGCGAAUUAGGUCUUCAAGGAGCCGGCAAAAUUUUGUGAAAGUUUCCCUCAUUUUGUCAAGAUGCUGACCAGGAAGACUGGUUUAGUGUGUACAAGGAUUGCAACCCCACCCCCUCCCCCGAGGUGGCUGAAAAGUGGGAUAGGGGGGCUUAUUUUAUUAAAUGAAUUAAUUGCUUCCAAACGAAAUACAGGGAAGUUUUAUAGAACUUAGAAGUACUGAAUAGUAAAGAUUUCUAUGUAGCGUUAACUUAUUUCAAAAUGAAUGCAAAAAAGUAACUUUUAAAGCGCGAUAAAACAGCAGAAAAUGCUCCAUUUUUUAUGCACGUUUGUUUUGGAGUUGUCGGUAAAAAAGAAGGGAACAGCUUCAAAAAACGAAAAAGAAACUUUUAUAUUUGUAAGUGAAAACUCCCUAACACUUCAUGAUACAUAUCACAUGAUACAUAUCACCGAAUACCGUUAACUUCCGUUUAUAAGACCCCUCCCGCAACUUAAUAGUCCCCCUCCUCCCCGUUAGCGACUGAUCUACUAGUCUCCCUCAGAGCCGUUUUUUGGAUGUCACACAACGCUCCCCCAGAAGUUCUUUUGGGAGAGCGUUGCGUGACAUCCAAAAA